AUGAAAUUUACAAUGAAAAUAAAGUUGAUUAUAAAAUUUCUUAUAAUUAUUUUCAUUUUAAUUAAAAAAAGUCAAAGUACUGUAUUUUGUCCAUCAAAAGUUCGUUGUAUGGAUGAAACUCGUUUAAAUUGCAAUAAUUCAUUAUCGGCUCCAACAGAUUUUCAUUGUUGUGAUGGUCUUCAAUGUGUUCCUGCUGUAAUUCCAGCUACUGAUACACAGAAUCAAUUGAAUACAACAAUGUGUGUUGCUUCUUCAUCAAAACAACGUAAAUCUAAAAAUAAAAUUCAACCAUCUAAAACACCUCCUAUUAUGGCAUCAUCUUGGUCAGCAGCAACAACAUAUUAUAAUAUGUCAAAUGGUGAUACAGGUUGGGGUUAUUUUUGGUAUGAUGCAUCUCAUCAAGCAAUUCGAACAGAUUUUUAUCCGAUAUGUCCUUUUUUACAAUUAUAUGAAGUUGGUAUUGAUGCUAAUUAUAUUCCAUGUAGUGUACUUUUUUAUCAAGGACAAAAUUAUUAUGUUUAUCCAGGAGUUCAAACAUGUUGUAAUUAUACAUUUCCGGCUUGGCAACCUGAUUGGUUAUGUCAAAGUAAUGCAACUUUUAAUGGAACGGUCACAAUCAAUGGACGAAUGGCAGACUUUUGGAUGAUUGAAUGGUUUUCCAAUUUCACUGGUGGAGGACCAGUACGUAACAUUCGUAAUAUGUAUACUCAAGUUGAUUCACAUAUUCCAAUACGUUUUCGAGAAGAUCUUGAUACGGGUUAUCUCGAUUUUCACGAUUAUGUUGAAGGUCCUAUUGAUCAAAAGAUAUUUACAUCAGUUAUUAAUGGUUAUAGUCCUUGUCAUCAAGGUCAUGGACAUAGUGGAAACACUGAUAAAACAUGUACUCGAUAUAAUUCACAAACAUUACGUCGUUCAUGGCCAUGUGAUAAUCCAACAUGUUCAUAA